GGCAAGUCAGAUAACCAAUCAAGAACACCAGUUUGUACCCCUUGGGAGGCACCGAGCUCCGUCGUCUCGUUUCCGGCGGUCGCGCGCUCUUUUCUCGGGACGGUAGAGGCCGUGUAGCGUCGCCGUUACUCUGAGGAGAGAACAGUCGGUAGAGGCACCAACUGAAUGCAGAAAUACGGAUAGUGGUUGCCAGCAGGAACAUGUGCUGUGUACACAAUCUCAUUUAGUCCUUAAAAUAACCAGCCCUGUGAAGUUGCCGUUGUUACCCCCUCCUUACAGAAACAUGAUUUCCCUUUUUUUUAGAGGAAAAAAUGCUGCACCAUGGUACUGAGCUAGUGUUUUCACAUAUUUAUGAAUCCUCAUAGCCAUCUUGAGAGGGUACAAAAAUGCAGAGCAAUAAAACCUUUAACCUGGAGAAGCAAAACCAUACUCCAAGGAAGCAUCAUCAGCAUCACCACCAGCAACACCACCAGCAGCAACAGCAGCAGCCACCACCGCCACCAAUACCUGCAAAUGGGCAACAAGCCAGCAGCCAAAAUGAAGGCUUGACUAUUGACCUGAAGAAUUUUAGGAAACCAGGAGAGAAGACCUUCACCCAACGUAGCCGGCUCUUUGUGGGCAAUCUUCCUCCUGACAUCACUGAGGAGGAGAUGAGGAAACUAUUUGAGAAAUAUGGGAAGGCAGGCGAAGUCUUCAUUCAUAAGGAUAAGGGCUUUGGCUUUAUCCGCUUGGAAACACGAACCCUAGCGGAGAUUGCCAAAGUAGAACUGGACAACAUGCCACUCCGUGGAAAGCAGCUGCGUGUGCGCUUUGCCUGCCAUAGUGCAUCCCUUACAGUCCGAAACCUUCCUCAGUAUGUUUCCAAUGAACUGCUGGAGGAAGCCUUUUCGGUGUUUGGCCAGGUGGAAAGGGCUGUAGUCAUUGUGGAUGAUCGAGGAAGGCCCUCAGGAAAAGGCAUUGUUGAAUUCUCAGGGAAGCCAGCUGCUCGGAAAGCUCUGGACAGGUGCAGUGAAGGCUCCUUCCUGCUAACCACAUUUCCUCGGCCUGUGACUGUGGAGCCCAUGGACCAGUUGGAUGAUGAAGAGGGACUUCCAGAGAAGCUGGUUAUAAAGAACCAGCAAUUUCACAAGGAGCGAGAGCAGCCACCCAGAUUUGCACAGCCUGGCUCCUUUGAGUAUGAGUAUGCCAUGCGCUGGAAGGCACUCAUUGAGAUGGAGAAGCAACAGCAGGACCAAGUGGACCGCAACAUCAAGGAAGCUCGUGAGAAGCUGGAGAUGGAGAUGGAGGCUGCUCGCCAUGAGCACCAGGUUAUGCUAAUGAGACAGGAUUUGAUGAGGCGUCAAGAAGAACUUCGGAGGAUGGAAGAGCUGCACAACCAAGAAGUGCAAAAACGAAAGCAGCUGGAACUCAGGCAGGAGGAGGAACGCAGGCGCCGUGAGGAAGAGAUGCGGCGGCAACAGGAAGAAAUGAUGCGGCGACAGCAGGAAGGAUUCAAGGGAACAUUCCCUGAUGCGAGAGAACAGGAGAUACGGAUGGGCCAGAUGGCUAUGGGAGGUGCUAUGGGCAUCAACAACAGAGGCGCCAUGCCCCCUGCUCCAGUGCCAGCAGGUACCCCAGCUCCUCCAGGACCUGCCACUAUGAUGCCAGAUGGAACCUUGGGAUUGACCCCACCAACAACUGAACGCUUUGGCCAAGCUGCUACAAUGGAAGGAAUUGGGGCAAUUGGUGGAACCCCUCCUGCAUUCAACCGUGCAGCUCCUGGAGCUGAAUUUGCUCCAAACAAACGUCGCCGAUACUAAUAAAAAUUUCAAUGUCUAGUUUCCCAAAAACCCUUAAAAGAAGGACCCUUUUUGGACUAGCCAGAAUUCUGCCCUGGAAAAGUGUUAGGGAUUCCUCCCAAUAGUUAGGUCUUCCUUGCCUGUACUACUCUGAGGGAGUUUGCUGGAGGCUGAGGGCAAGGGAGGGGCGAUAUUUAACAAAUCAGUUCUGUGUGGUAUAUCGUUUAACUAAUUGAUUUUGUGUGGUGCAUUCCUGAAGUCUCAUGUGAUUGUUGAGGGCCUGUGGGGGGGGGGGGGGACCAUGGCAAAAUGGAUCCAGUUAGAGCCCCCAUUAAUCUUGAUCAUUCCAUUCUUUGUCCAUCUUGUUCUAUUUGGUUCCUCAUUAUACCCUCCAACCCCAGAGACACUGCCACAUACACCACAAAAACAAGCAUCCCCCAAUGACCUUAGCCACAUUGUUCCAUUCACUCGCAGGUGGGAAUUCAGGCCAAUGUCCACAGAGGUCACAGACAACAUACAUACGGUUCUGUUAUAUCCCAUAUAUUAGCCCUUCAUGUCCUAAGGAAGACAUUUUCUCUUAGAGAUUUUCAUUUUAGUGUAUCUUUAAAAAAAAAUCUUGUGUUAAGUUGCCUCCAUCUUUUUUCUUGGGUUAGGACAACCCAGGAACGGCCCUUUUGUGUCUAUGAUGUUGCUGUUCACAGCUUUUCUUGAUAGGCCUAGUACAAUCUUGGGAACAGGGUUGCUGUAUGCUGAAGGUCGGACAGUAGCUCUUAGCCUUGCCUAUCUUAGGUAGUUACGCUGUGCAUUUUUUUUUAUUGGUGUACCAUGUUUGAUUUGUCCCUGAUAUCUGGAGUUUUUCUGAGAAAUGGAGCAGUAAUACAGCAUCAACUUAUUAAAAUACAUUUUAAGCCUUUUAA